UACCAUCUUCUCAGUUUUUGUUUGCGAAGCUAGCCUUUCUCUUGGUUAUUUGUCUUUAUUUUAGCCUUUCUAUUUUUCUUUCUGUGAGUGAAGAGCUGAAGAUGAAGGUCUCAUAUACUGCUGUGUGUGUGGUGCUGGUGGUGCUGCUUCUGAGUGAAGCACAGCUCUCAGUGUCUGUUACCUGCAACUUUUCGCAGUUGAGUCCAUGCUCAAAUGCACUCGUCAACAACAGCCCUCCCUCCAAGUUGUGCUGUGAUAAGUUAAGGGAGCAAAGGCCAUGCUUUUGCCAAUACCUGAGAGAUCCAAGCCUCGGUCAGUAUGUUAACUCCCCGAAUGCCAAGAAGGUAGUCAGCUCUUGUGGUGUUUCCAUCCCCAACUGCUAGGUUCGAUUUAGAGCUUCCAUACUAAGCUGGGUCAGAAAAUAAAACGGUCCCUAUGAAAGUAUUUGCACUUAGUUUGCUUUUUACUCGUACUGUUUUAGUAGCUGCAUGGAAUAACUGUGGGUCUGUGGCAGGCUAGAACCAUGAACACAUGGUUUAAGGUCUGUGGCAGGUUAGAACCACUUAGUUUGCUUGUCCUCUCUCUUUCUCUAGAACUGUAAAAUGGUUUGAAUAAGAUCACUAUUUGGUGACUC